AUGGAGUUCCAUGAGGAGCCUGAAGAAACUAUGAAUAUUGUAAAAAUGGACACUUCGCAGGUUCAUUCGAGUUUAUCCAAGAAUAAUGAAGCUAAAUCAAAAGCAGUUACUGAAUCUCAGCUUAAACAAGAUACGAACCUUGCUUCAGAUGAAACACAAGCUUCUAAAGACGUCACUGCAUCUGAAAGGCCAACUACGAAAUCCCGAUCUGCUGAAGAGACGGAAGAGGAAGGGUCAAAGAGUGAUAAUAAGGAAAGUGACACAGAUGUUGGUAUGAGUACUUCAGAUGAAAGAGUUGCAACGCCAUCCAAAGCUCGGAAAUUGAAAAGAUUUGAAGAGCACACGUCCUCUUCAGAUACAACAGAUAGCGAUGCUGUAAAGGAAGUGGUAGUGACUGCUGAGGUCCACUCUCCUCGUUCCAAAAAGAGGACUGAGGAACCGCUACUGAAACGGGUGACUAGGACGAACAGCACUUCAUUGGCUCAACAAGAGGUGGACCCAAAAGAACAACCAUCAACCUCAAAGCAGUCUGAAGGGAAGAGAUCAUCUAGGAAGACCAGAAGUGUCAGUCUGGCUGAAGAGCCUGUGGGAUCUAGGAGGAAUUUGAGAAGCAGUAGUGUGGAGACGGAAGGCAGUGUGAGUGAGAAGAAAGAAGAAAACAGGGCAAUGCCAGUUGAUGAAGGUGAAAGUACGAAGAAAGGAAGGAGGAGAAUAUCGUCGGUGGAUGAGUCAACAAGUACUGGAGGGGGUAGAAGAGGAAAGAGAAGGACUAUGUCGGUUGACGAGCUGCCUGUUAUCGCUGAAGAUGUUGAGUUGGGGAAGAAAACGACGAUGGAUCGCUACACUUCAACACGAAGAUUGACCCGAAAACAGGCGAAUAUGAUGAGAAAUUCUAGCAUACCGGAGAGAGAAGAAAUGGAAAAACUAGAAGGAGAACCUUUUGAUCCCAUCGAUCUUCUUGACAAAGAGCCAUUCCAAGGAAAAGCCGAUUCAGAAGAAUCGAAAGUGUACCAAGGCUCGUCUUCCACAGCUAGUACCGUAAGUUCCGUGAGGCCAGGUAAAAGAAUAACAAGAUCGGCAUCAGCUGCUUCAGAUACAUCGGUUGCUCAGGUUUUAACCCCAAAGAAACAAGGAAGGUCAAAAUCGCAACCUAAAAGUCCUGUACAGCCUACAGAAGGUGUCAAAACAAGAUCAAGGAAAUACUCCGACUCAAAUUCUGUGGCUUCUAUACAAUCGGGGUCUCCGUCACCGCCUAAAAGAACUAGGAAGAAAGACGACACUACUAUUCCAAGUUCCACUAGAAAGACUAUUAGAAGCAGAACUAGUUCCAUUUCAUCUACUAAAUCAGAUGCACAUACCAAAAGAAAAUGA